AUGGGUCUUAUUUGCUCCACAGCACAGCUUGCUUGCCUGUGUGGGUCACAAGCUUGUAGCUUGUGUUGUUCCCAAUGUCCAUCAUGUCGCAACAGUACAAGUACACGUAUUAUGUAUGCAUUAUUAUUAAUGCUGGGCACAAUUGCUGCCUGUAUAACAUUGGCUCCUGGCUUAGAGGAUGCACUUAAAAAGGUCCCAUUUUGUGCGAACAGCACAAAUUAUGUGCCAUCAAAAUACACAGUUGAUUGUGAAUCUGCUGUUGGUUACUUAGCAGUGUAUAGAAUCUGUUUCAUUAUAGCUCUUUACUUUUUCCUAAUGUCUAUGAUAAUGAUAAGAGUAAGAAGUUCUAAAGAUCCUCGGGCACCUAUACAGAAUGGAUUCUGGGCUAUUAAAUACUUGUUAAUAAUCGGUGGAAUUAUCGGUGCUUUCUUUAUACCUGAAAGAUCAUUCGGGCCAACAUGGAUGUAUUUCGGCAUGAUAGGAGGUCUUCUGUUUAUUAUCAUCCAAUUAAUUCUUAUUGUUGACUUUGCUCAUUCAUGGGCAGACGCUUGGGUGCAGAAUUAUGAAGAAACUGAAUCUAAAGGAUGGUAUGCUGCUCUCUUGGGAGCGACGGUAUCGAGUUAUGCUAUUGCUGUCACUGGAAUUGUUCUGCUCUUCAUGUACUUCACACAUCCGGACAGUUGCGAUUUGAACAAAUUCUUCAUAUCUUUCAAUCUUAUCUUAUGUGUAAUUGCCAGUAUUAUAUCGAUUCUUCCAAGUGUACAAGAAUAUCAGCCACGUUCUGGUCUUCUUCAGUCAUCCGUUGUUUCACUGUAUGUCAUUUACCUGACUUGGAGUGGAAUUUCAAACAGUCCAGAUCAUAAAUGCAAUCCUGGAUUGGGAGAAAUUAUUUCUGGCAAAAAUGAUGCGUCCCCUACUUUUGAUAAAGAAAGCAUCAUUGGUUUAGUUAUCUGGUUUAGCUGUGUUCUGUACAGCUCUCUACGUACGGUAUCCAAGUCAUCGAAGAUUACAAUGUCUGAAAAUAUUUUAAUUAAGGACAACGGUGCUGUCAGGAAUACAGGAGAUCAAAGUCUUAUCCACAAUGAAGAUUAUACUCCGGUAGAAGGUCGCAAUCCUGAUUCAGAGAGCGGGAACGAGGCUAAAGUCUGGGACAACGAAGAGGAUUCAGUGGCUUAUAACUGGAGCUUCUUCCAUCUUAUGUUUGCUCUCGCCACUUUAUACGUUAUGAUGACACUUACUAAUUGGUAUCAGCCAAACUCGAAUUUGGUUACCUUGAAUGCUAAUACCGCUUCAAUGUGGGUAAAAAUUAUAUCCUCUUGGAUGUGCUUAGGGUUAUACGUAUGGUCACUGGUAGCACCAGCCAUAUUUCCGGACAGAGAUUUCUCUUAAAUGUAAAGCCUUCCUGUCGGAAGUGAUAGUUAGUAGGUAUUGCAAUACCCGCGUAUUUAAGACUUUGUUAUUAUAUUUUCAUCUGUAACAAGAUGAUAUUGUAAGUAUCAUUUGAUACAUUGUUUUGUUCGAUAUAUGUUUUAGUCGAUAUAUUUUUUUAAAUACUCCGAUACUACCAAUAAUCAGUUCAUUUGUAUAAUUUAAGUUGUAUUAUGUAGUGACAUUGUAUAGAGCUAUUGUUCUCGAGCAGUGUAGCGGAUCCAAAACAUCAAAAUACGUAUGAAUAUAUUAAUCCAUUAUAAACUUUAUACAUAUAAUAUAUAUUAGGCUUUAUACAUA